UACAGUACCGUAUGGUGCGUUACGUGUCGAGUCAGUGGUUUUUCGAUGAUGCCUUAGUGAUGGAAUUUUAAUAUUCAAACGCGUUCCAAAACGUUAAAAUAGGUGAGCUAUUUAUUAAUGUGACAAAUGAAUAAUUUUUUAGUGAUGUGAAUAAAGAUAUCGAGUAAAACCUAUAAAGUGAGCAAACGAAGCGUCGGCGAUCAAUGUUAGUUUGCGGGUGUGCCCGUUUGCCCAGCCCUGUGUGUUCCUUUUUCCCUUUAAUGUCCUAUGAAAAAUCUGUUUUUUAAUUAAUGCACAAUUGAUAUAUAGCUUCGAUAAAUAUUAUAUAAAUAAAGUAAAUAUGUGAAAAAAGAUGAACGAAUAAAAUGGUGAUAAAAUUUCUAUCAACGAUGUUAUGAUUUCGAAGGACAACUACAGUGAGAUCAUCGUAACACCAUCACCUGUUUCGAUGAUUAUAAAAAAAGAAGUACCGGCCGAUCAUGAAGUUCAUCCUGUGUAUUAUUUCAACAUUAGUACUGCAAGCAUCAGCUUUAAUCCAAUCUCCACCACGGAUAUCUAAACAGCCCCCGACAGAUGAGCAGUUAUUUCAAGUAGCUCAAGCAAAAAUUAAUGAGAAUGAUAAACCAUUUUUAAUUGAAUGUGAAGCUGAAGGAGAACCUGCUCCAAGGUAUCGAUGGAUUAAAAAUGGAAAAAAUUUUGAAUGGCCAGCAUAUGAUGAUCGCAUAUCUCAACAACCUGGUAGAGGUACAUUGGUAAUCUCAAGACCACGAGAUGAAGAUUUGGGUCAAUAUCAAUGCUUUGCAGAAAAUGAAUGGGGAAUUGCAACAUCUAAUUCAGUUUUUGUUAGAAAGGCUGAAUUAAAUUCAUUUAAAGAUCAAAAUCCUAUAAGUUUAGAUGCAAAUGAAGGACAACCAUUUAAAUUAACUUGUCAACCACCAGAUGGUUUUCCAAAACCAAAUGUAUAUUGGUUAAUCCAAGAUACUGCUGGAGGCAUCAAAUCGAUUAAUAAUUCACGAAUGACAUUAGAUCCUGAAGGAAAUCUUUGGUUUAGCAAUGUUACAAGAAACGAUGCUUCCGACGAUUUUUAUUAUGCAUGUGCAGCUACAUCUGUAUUCAGAAAUGAAUAUAAAUUAGGAAAUAGAGUUUUAUUAAAUGUUAUUUCUUCGGGAAUAUCUGCCAGUCAAAAUAAACAUGAUCCUGUCAAACAAUAUGUCAGUAGGAAAAAUGAAGUUGCUUUACGCGGUAAAAAAAUUGAAUUAUAUUGCAUAUAUGGUGGAACACCACUGCCACAAAUAGUGUGGAGUAAAAAUGGUGAAGUAAUUAGAACCAAUGAUAGAAUAAUGCAAGGAAAUUAUGGUAAAUCUUUGAUAAUUAAACAUGUUAAUUUUAAAGAUGAAGGAACAUAUACUUGUGAAGCAUCAAAUGGGGUAGGUGAUGCGAAAUCAUAUUCUAUACAUUUGCAAGUUAUGGCAGUACCAUAUUUCACUAUCGAACCUGAGAUCAUAAAUGCAGCAGAAGAUGAAACUAUUGAAUUUAAAUGUGAAGCUGAUGGAGUACCUGUUCCUGAAAUAAAAUGGAUUCAUAAUGGAAAACCAAUAUCGGAAGCUCCACCAAAUCCACGUAGAAAAGUUACUUCAAAUUCUAUUAUUAUUGAAAAAUUGACCAAAAAAGAUACAGGAAAUUAUGGUUGUAAUGCAACAAAUUCAUUGGGUUAUGUCUAUAAGGAUGUAUAUGUAAACGUUUUAGCUUUAGAACCGGAAAUUACACAACCACCAACUGAUAUCGCUACAGUCGAUGGUAAAACUGUGAGAAUAACUUGCCGUGUAUUUGGAGCACCAAAACCAGCUGUAAAAUGGAUUAGAAAUGGGCAAGAAUUAACAGGAGGACGAUAUAAAACUUUAGAUUCUGGUGAUUUAGAAAUUGAGAAUGUAAUAUUUUUAGAUGCAGGCAUUUAUACAUGUCAUGCAUCCAAUAAAUUCGGAGAAGUAGAAGGUUCUGGUAAUUUAGUAGUAAAAGAACAUACAAGAAUUACAGAUGAACCAGAGGACUAUGAAGUUGCUGCAGGUUCUACUGCAACUUUUAGAUGUAAUGCUGUUACAGAUUCAAGUUUAACACUUACGAUCGAUUGGCUAUCUAACGGAGAACCUAUUGAUUUUGAAAUGGAACCACGAUUUAUACGAAGUACUGAUUAUUCUUUAAUGAUCACAAAAACGACUGAACUAGAUUCUGGUACUUAUACUUGUGUUGCUCAUACUGAAUUGGAUGAAGCAAAAGCACAAGCUACACUAAUUGUCCAAGAUGUACCAAAUGCGCCAAAAUUAAUUAGUGUUACCUGUAUGGCGACUGAAGCUUCUAUACAUUGGACUCCAAUGGGUGAUAAUAGAGCUCCAAUAUUAAGAUACACUAUUCAACAUAAUACCACUUUUACACCAGAUACAUGGGAAAUAUCAAAAGAUGAUGUACCAGCAACUGAACAAACAUAUAUUGUUCCAAUGUCACCUUGGACUAACUAUACAUUUCGCGUAUUAGCAUGGAAUAAAAUAGGUACAUCAUUACCCUCACCACAUAGUGAUGUAUGUACUACAUUGCAAGAUGUUCCUUAUAAGAAUCCUGAUAAUGUUAUGGGUAAAGGAACAACACCACAAAAUCUGGUUAUAUCUUGGACAGUAAUGCCUCAAAUUGAACAUAAUGCACCCAAAUUCAUGUAUAGAAUAUAUUACAGACGUGAUAUACCUGGAGAAAAAUGGACUAUAGAAGAUAUAACUGAUUGGAAAAAAAAUAAUCUAGUUGUAGACAAUCAACCAACUUAUCAAAGAUAUAAGAUCAAAGUGGUAGCUAUUAAUGAAAAAGGAGAAUGUAGAAUUGCACCUGAAGAAAUAAUUGGAUAUUCUGGAGAAGAUGUGCCAUUGCAAGCACCAAGCAACUUUACAUUAAAUCAAGUAAAAUCAAGUACAAGCGCACAAUUUUCAUGGAAUCCAGUACCUGAAGAAUCAGUACGUGGUGAAUUAAAAGGAUAUAAGAUACAAACAUGGACAGAAAAAGACGGUGAAAAGGGAAUGCGAGAAAUUGAUAUAAGAGGUGGCAAUAGGACUCAUGCACUAGUUACUAAAUUUAUUCCUUUCAGCAAGAAUUAUGUUCGAAUAUUAGCAUAUAAUGGACGAUAUUCUGGACCACCAUCUGAAACUUUAAGCUUUGAUACUCCUGAAGGUGUUCCAGGAGUGGUUUUAAGUCUUGAAGCUUUCCCAAUGGGAUCCAGUGCAUUGUUUUUAGUAUGGACAAAACCUGCAGAACCAAAUGGUAUCCUGACUGGCUAUAGAAUAUAUUAUGAACCUGUAAAUGAAACUAGAUUGGGACCUUUGUUGGAGAGAAAACCACAUAUUACAGAUUCAGAAGCCACUAAUGCAAAACUAGCUAUGUUAGCACCUGAUACAAAAUAUCGUAUACAUAUUCGAGCAACAACAAAAAUUGGUGAAGGAAAUGAUUACUUUAUUGAACAAAAAACACGCACAUCUCAACGACCUGAUAUACCAUUAUUUACUUGGGAAGCUAUUCCAAAAGAAAAUGGAUAUUCAAAUGUAAGAAUUAUUUGGCAGUUGAAUCUUAAUGGAAAUCCAGGAAGUCAUUUCUUUGUAAAAUACAAACUCAAAGGUGAAACAAUACCUCUUAAAACUGAAUCAGAAUAUUUAUCAAAUAUAAUUGAAAUUCGUGGACUUCAAAGUGGCGAAACUUAUGUAAUGUCUGUUGUUGCUGUUGAUGGCAACUAUUUCGCUGAAAGUGAACCGCAAGAAAUUGAAACGAGUAGCGAAGGACCUAUUAUUCAACCCAAAGAAAAUGUCGCUACUGCAGGAUGGUUUAUUGGAAUGAUGUUAGCAAUUGCUUUUCUUCUUUUGGUACUUAUAAUCGUAUGUGUUAUUAAACGUAAUAGAGGUGGAAAGUACGCAGUACAUGAAAGAGAGUUAGCUGCUGGUCGUGGUGAUUAUCCUGACGAAGGCGGUUUUCAUGAAUAUUCGCAACCUUUAGAUACGAAAUCAGCAGGUGGUCGUGCAUCUCUUGCAUCUUCUUCUCAUCAAGAUGGAAAACAUCCUGAAUCUGAUACUGAUUCCAUGGCAGAAUAUGGAGAAGGAGAUACAGGACGUUUCACAGAAGAUGGUUCUUUCAUUGGACAAUAUGGGCCGAAAGGUAGACCGGAAGAAACACCGCCCAUUCCAAGCGGCACUAUGGCCACAUAUGUGUAACCUCUGGUAUUAUCUUAUUUAAGCCUCAUAUAACUUGUUUUUUUGUCAAAAGUAAGGUUUUCAAUCCUUACUUAGCUGCAGCAGCUCUGCUAUGCACCUUGCGCUGGGCGCAAUGUCCAACACUAUACUGCCAAUUAGAUUUUGGUUUUGGGUUUUAUAGUUUAUAUAGAAAAAUAAAUAAAUAUUUCUAUGUAUUAAAACCGAAUAAGAUUAUAUAAAUCAUAUAUAAUUUAUAUAUUAUAAUUUAUAUAAUUUAUAUAUCGGUUAAAACAUAAUUCCUCUUAAAUGUUUAAUACAUAUCUAAGUAUGUAUUAUUCAAAUAUUUUAACAAUUUUUUGUACUUUAAAAAAAAUUAAUCUGCGAUAAUUAUUUUUUUUACGAUAUAUUACAAAAUACAAUUUGUUAAUCAAUCAAAAAUUAUUUAUAAUUAAUGAAUUUGUUAGAUAUUUUUAACUAAUUAUAAAACCCAAAGACGAUAGGUGUUUCAUAGCGUGCAAGCUAUUUAUGGAUAUAAUAUAGUAAAAAAUAUUCUACCAUCGAUCGUAAUAUUUAACAUGGCCAGAUUAAAAAUUGACAUUUCGAAACAUCACAGGGUAGUGAGUUAUAUUUAUAUUGUUCUAAAUAUGUAUGACACAAAAAGUAUGGUAUUUUUGAGGCUGCAUAUAGGAUUUAUGUCUUUCAGAUAAAGAUAAUCAGUAUCAAUAAUUGAUAUUAUUCAAAAAUUAAUUAAUAAAUGCAAUAUAAGUAUUACUUAUAUGCAAUCUUAAAAAUGAAAGGAUUAACAUCGAGUAUAGUGUCAUAAUCUGGCCUGGACUGAAACUAAUUUUAAUUAAAAAAAUGAAGAAAAAAUUUGUUCUAAGAAUCUUUAGAUGCAAUCAAUUUUUACUCUGCCGACAAAGGGCCAAAUAUAACAAAACAGUGACUAUCUAUAAUUAUUGUGUGCGUGCACUUUCAUUAAAGAUAUACAAACAACAAAAAUAUAUAAAAAAUAUCAUCAUCAUCAUCAACAACAACACUAUCAUUAUCAUCAUCAGCAUUUUUAUUAUUAUUAAUAACACUAUUAUUAUUAUUUUUAUUAAGAUAUGAAAAGAACAUCAUACAUGCACUAUAGUAGUUUAAAAAAAGUCACAUGGCCUCUAAUUGUUGCUUUUUGUAUGUGAAAUGUGCUUUAGCUAAGAACGAAAGUCCUUUUUAUUAAUUAUAUUUAUCUUCCUUUUGGUAAUUUGAUUAUAAUCUGAUCAAUAUAGAUAUAAUUUAAUAUAUAAAAAAUUAUUAAAUAUAUAUAAAGACGUAUAUUGAUUACUAAAAUUAGUAUUAAAAAAAUAUGAGCAGCUAUUACGUUAUAGUGUUUGAAAAGAAUUAUAUGGAGUUCGUUUAUUUUUUCGAAAAUAAAUUUAAUAUUUUUUAUUUACUAUGUUAAGUUAAAAUAUUCAAUGCAAUGUACAGGUUGUCUGCAAAAGUGUCGUGAGCAAAUAUAUCAGGUACAAAAAUAAAAAAGGUACAAAAUAUAGAAUACUUACAUGUGCGCGUAAAGUUCGUAAAAAUCUAUAUGAUAUGAUGUGAAAAUAAUAUACAUCUCUCAAUUUAUAUAAAAAAAUCAAAUUAAAUUGUGAUGUUUUGAUUUUUAAAAUUUUAAUUAGUAAACCAAUUCAUAAAUCUUCGAUUUAUAUUUGUCAGGGUCUUUUUUGCCGAUUAUCCUGUACAAAUGACUUGGACGUCACAUAAUUUUUACGAACUCUAUACAUAUAAAUAUAUACGUACAAUUAUAGACGCCUACAAAAAAAAUGUAUUAUAAAUGAAAGAAAACAAUAAUUUAUUGUAAAAAUACUAAAAUAUAUAAAAGAAUAUACAGAGACAUAUAUGUAAUAUAUUAAAAUGUCAUUAAUCAUAAACUUAUAUUAAAUUAUAUAUUUGUCAAGAUAAGCAAACGACGUCCAAGUCAAAAUAUAGAUGUAAUUAUGUUUCAAUGUAUUUUUCUAAUCGUAUUAUCUUCUGUAUAUUUUUAAAGUAUAUCCAAAUCAUAUUUAUCAAGAUUUGAAUCUCUGGCUGAUAUGGUGACUUAUGUGAACUUCCAAUACUUUGGUAUAUAUUACUGAUUUUGAUACUUUUAAUAUAUUUUGAUAUACUUUUUUUUCUUUAUUUCACUUGUUACAUGCAUAAAACAUUUUUUUUUUGUAUUAUUUUUUUUUGUAUGUAGAAACAUUAGCAUUUACCACGAAAUAUUUGUACAUUAGAUCUGAUCUUUUUUUAUCAUUGCAUUAACAAUUUUAUUAUUACACUGUCAAACAAUGACAUCAUGUUAAUGUAGUAAGCACAGAUUUAUAUUUAAAAAAAAGUAUGAUAUAUACGAAACUUUUUACAAAACAGUGUUCAUUUUACAACGACAAGACAGCACAUGUUAUAUAUAAAAAAAUGAUAAAAAUAAUUAAACAGAGAGAAUACACUCGUUGAAACAUGUGCGCGUCUAUCGUACUAACUUUUAAUUGUACAUUACCUUAUUAUUAUUACUAAUUAAUUUUCCAACAGAAACAUGCAUAAAAAUGUAUGUUUUUAUUAAGGAUACAUUAUUAUGCGUAUUUCUAACAAUACCAUUGUUUGAAUAUUUUUUCUACAGUAUAGAGUUUUCAGAGUUUAACAAUCUGGUUAAAGAUUCUUUCAUCUCCCAUAAUAAAACAGAGAUUGAAAGUAUGUAUUAUAUUGUGUUAAAAAUGUUAUGUAAAAUUUCAAAACGAUUUCGCCUUGUGUUUAUCAGCAGCAAUGAUAACGCGCAUUCCAAUACCUGUGUAAUAUCUCCCACGUCAAUAAAAAAAAAGAAUAAACGACUAAUAAUAAAUAAAUAAAAAAUCUUUAAACAAUCAAA